AUGAAAGUUAUCCGUAAGAAGGAUUCCAAGGUUGAUAUCAAAGCCAAGCAAAGGGCAAUUUGGAUUGUUGGUCAUUAUUUGACUCUAGUUUUAGGAGCAUUAUAUGUUUUGUAUGCUUUCAAACACAAUUUAACUGUUUACAAGAGAAGAUCAUGGAAGACUCUGUUUUUGUUAGCAAAGCGUAACGUUCACAAGGUCACCUGGAAGAAUAGCACUUGGAGCCAAUAUUUGAUCAGUUGGUACCCAAAUUUAUGCUAUCAAGGGUCAUUGCUCGGUGUUUUCAUGUCUUAUGGUGUUACUGACUAUCAAAAAUGGUCUAAUACUUCACCCUCAUUUUAUGACUUGUUAAGCUCAGAGAAUUCCCAAGGCAUUAUGAUGGCUAGCCUUUGGAUGGUCAGUAGAAGAUCAUCGUUCAAACUAUUCCCAUUGAUGAUUGUGAGUUAUUUACAUAUUUCGAAGAAGGACGAGGUUAAAAAUACCGAAAUUUCUGAGAUCACUUUGAAGAACGCCAAGCUUUUACAUUUGAUGGCAUAUUCUGAAUUGAUUGUUAUUUUAACUUUAGCAGUCAACACAUUGCUUUUCAAGGAAGCGAUUUCAGGGUUUGUUCUACUAUUCACAAUUGCUAUCUUCUGGUUGAGAUUAAACUUCUCUCCUUACACGCAAGCAACUUUAUUGAAAUUGUUGUUAAAAGUUGACAAGAAGGUUCCUGAAAGUCAGAAAGAGAAAUGGAAUUUCAUUAAGGGCUUCCUAUACAACAGAAUGAAGGAAAGAGAACAGGCUUUACAGAGAUUCAAAAUUGAUACAUGA